GUCGAAACGGAAAAGAGAUUUUUUGCUGAAAAGUUAUUUCAUUGUUGUUGAUUUUCUGUCUAAUUCAAAUGAAAAAUGGGAGAGUCUAGCAAUCUCUGACGUCAGAAUUGUAAACAUUGUACCAACUUAGGUAAAAUGAGAUAGUAAGAGGCAGAACAUUUUUGUAGUCAGUAGAUGCCAAAUGGGUUUUAAUCUUGGUUAGUCACAGACUAAGACUUCAGGUAUGACUGGGAAUAGAUUAUCAUUACCUGGAAGAAAUCCUGCCUGUAAUUAUAGAUUUACCAGUUGGACUGAUAACUCAGGUAUUUUUGAACCGUGGAAAUGGUUGAGAAGUCGUGAUACUGGCCUAUUGAAAAACUCAGAGAGGAAAAGAAUUUACCAGUCACUUUAUAGCUGUGUUAAACCUAUUGCUUUGUGGAAUCCUCAUGAAACACCAGAUGGAAACAAACAUGGUGCUGUUUUUAAUUUUGAUUUUUCUACUGAUGGAACAAUCCUGGUUGCAGCGUGUCAACAUAGAAGCUUCCUCAUGUUUGAUCCUUUCAGUGGAAAAUUGAUCACAGAAAAAACAGAAGCUCAUGCAGAUUGUGUUAACUGUGUUAGAUUUUUGGAUGGAAGACUUUUUGCCACAUGUUCAGAUGAUAGAACUGUAGCAUUAUGGGAUUGUCGUUAUUUAAAGACUAAGAUAAGAAGUUUAGAAGGUCAUACAUAUUGGGUUAAGAAUAUAGAAUAUGACAGUAAAAAUGGUUUGUUAUUAACAUCAGGAUUUGAUGGGAAAAUCUGUACCUGGAAUAUUAAUAAUUAUUCAAGUCAAGAAGAAGUGUGUAAUGAAGUAUAUUCUACAGUUGGUUUAAUGAGAUCAAAACUAAGUCCAGAUAACUCUAAACUCAUCAUAUCAACAUCCAGAGGUUACAUGAUAAUUAUACAUGACCUUGACCUGGCAACCUUAGCAACAGAUUUGCAAGGUUUCAAACCUCAUAUGUACAGAUUAGCACAAAGAGAUGAGACCAGUAACUCUGAACUUGUCGUCAAGUACAAUUCAGUUUUCCAUAGAAAAAGGAACCGAGUGGAAUAUAUUUCUGACUUUCAGAAAGGUUUUGAGGCUGAAGUUGUAGCAAGUCUGCAGGUUCAUCCACAUGGAUGGUGUAUCGUGUCGAGAAAUACUAGCGUUAAUGAUGAUUCGGAAUGGACAUGUGUACAUGAUAUACAGUCAAGUGAAUUUGAUACCUGUGAUUAUGAAGUGGACUAUGAAACAGCAGCACCUAGCACUUCCACAAAUAAUACUGUUGAGAAAAAUCGACCUCAUAAUUCUACAAUUAAUAAUACUUGUGAGAGAACGCGACCUCAUAUUCCUACUAGAGUCAGAUUGGAUUUACUACAACCCCUUGUUGGCAGCUUACUACCAAAUUUUAUCCAAGUUCCUGUAGCGGAUACUUCCGAAUCCAGUGAAACAAACUCAGCAAAUGAAAUCCCUGAAAGAGGAAACACUGAUGAUGACGACGAUGAUGAUGAUGAUGAUGAUGAUGAUGAUGGCUAUCAUCAAAAUUUACAGGAAGCUUUGUUAAAUUUUCGUGAACGUUCUGGCCUUGUUAAUAAUGAAGUUGUAGAGUCAAUGGAUGAUACAGACAGUUCUGAUUCAAUGCUUUCCGAGCCAAGAUCAGGUAACUCUGCAUCAAGUCAGUGGCGUUUAAAGAACUUGUUUAAACACAAAGUUCCAAAGCUACAUGGAAACAAAGCAAGACUUAUGUUUUAUAAACUAGAACCUAAUGUUGGGGAGGGGUUUAUUAAAGAGUUGUGUUUCAGUCACGAUGGACGAUUAAUAUGUUCGCCAUAUAAAGAUGGCGUGCGACUUUUGGCCUUUAAUGAGAAGUGUGACGAAGUUUGUGACUGUGUACCGAGUGAACCUACUAACUUGCACGUUGUCCAAUCUAGUCAAUGUCACACAAGUUACGUCCUUGCCACCAAAUUUUCUCCCAUUCACUGUAUGUAUGUUUCCGGUUGUCUGAGUGGAAAAGUUUUCUUCCAUCAGCCUGUUCUUUAAUCUCAAUAAAUUAUUUACAACCUC